CGACAUACAAUAUAUACAUAUAUCUUGUCUUUGUCCAGUAUCUGAACCUCAAAGACACCUCAUUAAAAUCAAUAAGUUUCCUGUUCUGACAUCUUUUAUGGCUACAAAUAAGUCAAAGCAGUUUCCCAGCAGACGAUAGUUAGCUUUGUUUAAUUGCUUCGCUAAAGGGACGGCGCUGGUGCGGAAGGCCAGAGGGCGUCCCGGCAGGCUUCAUUAUCGCGACCGUGGCGGUGAAAGGCGGGAAUACACAGCGGAGGCGGGAGGAUGAAAGCGCAGUAGACGGAUAUUACCUGAUCAAAAAAAAAGAAGGUGCCGGCAGGCGGAGCUGAUAAGCUUUUGCCCACGGUCGCUUCGAAGGCCGCGAAUCGAGCCGGAAAUACACCUCGGAAUUCUUCCGUCAAAUGGUGGAUAAACUCAAUAUAGUAGAGCUCUAUUUUUAGACAUUCAGUGAAACCAAAAUGUGAUUCACUGCAUUGAAAUGUGGCUCUUGGAGGCUAUAACCAUUUCAGCUUUAUUGCUGUACGCUCUGUGAUCUCGCUCUUAUUCUUUCGGGUGAGAAAAUGAAAUAUUUUCAUCAUAAAAACACCCGUUAAAGACUUUCAGUGGGCCGUCAACACGUAUACCCAUGCUAAAAUUAGCUUAGCAUGUUGUCCUGGCUGCAAAGUGCCAUUCCUACAGUUACCUCUCGGAUAAAACUGAGAAAUAUAACGUACAUUUCGUCUCUCAGUUUCCAUCACUGCAAAUGAUGCACUCAGUGCGCUGUGGUUUGACAGAUUUCAAUUUAAAAGAAAGAAGUUUGUGUGUGCGCAUGUGUUUGAGUGCGACAGGAGCAUUUAUCCCAUCAGUCGCAUGUCACGUUGUAAUCUUCUUAUAACGCGCAACGGGCGGAAAAAAAAGGAAGCAGCAAAAAGCCGCUUUUGAUUCGCAUUUGGCAGCUCUAAUCUUGUUCCCCACCCCAAAUCCCCUCUGAGACGAUUUUUGUCAAAAAUAUUCAACUGAAAAUAUGAACAUUCCACACACGUAAUCUCGCCGCUUGUUCAUUCCAACCAAAGAUAAAUCAUCAUUUGAAGUGUUAAAUAAUGUUUAGCCUUGUUGGGCAUAUGUAAUCCUAUCCAUUUUAUUUUGCCAUCCUUCCUGUUCUAAUCUGCGAGGAUCAGCAAGAUCAAAUGCUGUGGAUUUAUUAUUUUUUAAUAAUCUACUUGAAUAAUCCAAUUCUAGCUCUUGUGCAUUAAUAAAAAAAAAAGAAGUACUUGAGUUAUUUUCUCCAAUCAAAUUUUCUUUAAAAAUAUUUUUUUCUUUUUGGUGCAUCCCUUCAUUCCCAAAAACCCAAGAAGUUUAAGUUGUUAUCAAGCAGGAGGUGUCAUCCCCCAAUAAGAGUGAGAUGUGAGAGGCGGCAUGCUAAGGUUGAUGCGGAAGUCUGCGGACAAGAUGCGGUGCCUGAGGAAGAAAUCUACGUUGCCUCUACUGGGCUUCCUGGUCGCUUGCCUGCUGCUCUUCAAUCUCUACGUGGACAUGGACGGAUAUGUGUUGGAGGCAGAAAAGCGUCAGCUAGGCGAGGCGUUGAUGCAUCACGCUAGCUCGGAGCGAUACAUCCACACCUUCAGAGACCUGUCCAACUUCUCUGGGACCAUCAACGUGACAUAUCGCUACCUGGCGGGAUUCCCUCUGCCGCGCAAAAAGUAUCUGACCAUCGGGCUGUCGUCGGUGAAGAGGAAGCGAGGGAACUACCUCCUGGAGACCAUCAAGUCCAUCUUUGACCAGUCCAGCUACGAGGAGCUGAAGGAGAUCGUGGUGGUGGUCCACCUGGCUGACUUUGACUCCGUGUGGUGCGAGAACCUCCUGCAGGAAAUCAGCCGCAAGUUCUCGCACCACAUCAUCGCCGGCCGCCUGCUGGUGAUCCAGGCUCCCGAGGACUACUACCCGUCCCUGGACGGACUGAAGCGGAACUACAACGACCCCGAGGACCGGGUGCGCUUCCGCUCCAAGCAGAACGUGGACUACGCCUUCCUGCUCAACUUCUGCACCAACCUGUCCGACUUCUACAUGAUGCUGGAGGACGACGUGCGCUGCUCUCGUAACUUCCUGACGGCGCUGAAGAAGGUGAUCGCCUCCCGGGAGGGAUCCUACUGGGUGAUGCUGGAGUUCUCCAAGCUGGGCUACAUCGGGAAGCUCUACCACGCGCGGGACCUGCCGCGCCUGGCGCACUUCCUGCUCAUGUUCUACCAGGAGAUGCCGUGCGACUGGCUGCUUAUCCAUUUCCGCGGGCUGCUGGCCCAGAAGGACGUGAUUCGCUUCAAGCCGUCGCUCUUCCAGCACAUGGGCUACUACUCGUCCUACAAGGGUGCCGAGAACAAGCUGAAGGAUGACGACUUUGAGGAAGACGCGGUGGACAUACCCGACAACCCGCCGGCGCGGCUCUACACCAACAUUGACGUCUUCGAGAACUACGCCGCCGCCAAGGCCUACAGCGCCGUGGACGAGUACUUCUGGGGCAAGCCCCCGUCCACCGGAGACUUCUUUGUGGUGGUCUUCAACAAGUCAGCUAAGAUCAGCAAAAUCAAAAUCACCACGGGUUCAGAGGACAGACAGAGCGACAUCCUCCAUCACGGUGCCGUGGAAGUGGGUCACAGGCGCAUGGAGGGCAAGCAGGAUGGCCAGUGCGCCUCCUACAUCACUCUGGGGGAGUUCAGAGGCGGCAGGGUUGAGGUCCAGGACGUGGACCGCAAGAUUGGUUUUGACGUGGACUGUGUGCGCGUUGUGGUGACAGCCAGUCAGAAGGAGUGGCUCAUUAUCAGAACCAUCAGCCUGUGGACCACACACACCGCCAGUCCAUUAAUCAAGUGACCAAUCAAAUCAUUAGUGCGUUCAUGUUGGACGAGAUUCAAAAAAAUAUUUUCUUGUGUAUUUUGGUCUUCAACUCUUUUUUUCUCAGUCAAGUACUAUUCCGAGUCCAUCCUUUAUACUUAAUUUUCCUAAUAUAAAAACAAAAUAUGUUCA